AAAGAAGAAGACUCUCCCUGUCUGUGAAGGAGGAGGCCUGGGCAAGAUGGCGGGGUCCAAGGUGAAGCAGGACAUGCCUCCUUCGGGAGGAUAUCCUGCUUUUGAUUACAAGAGAAAUCUUCCGAAACGAGGAUUAUCGGGGUAUAGUAUGUUUGGAAUCGGGAUCGGCAUCAUGGCGUUCGGCUACUGGCGGAUGUUUAGCUGGAACAGGGAGAGGAGGCGCCUGCUGAUCGAGGAGCUGGAGGCGAGGAUAGCACUGAUGCCGCUUAUUCAGGCAGAGCACGACCGAAGAACUUUAAGGAUGCUGAGGGAAAACUUGGAAGAGGAGUCAAUCAUCAUGAAAGAUGUGCCGGGCUGGAAGGUGGGUGAGAGGGUCUUCCACACCGAUCGCUGGGUUCCCCCUCUGUCAGACGAGAUGUUCAGCCUCCGGCCACGUGAGCAGUACUUGCACAAGCGCUUUGGCUUCCUGUGGUAUGUGUGAUUCCAGCUGUGAUGAAGAUCGUCCCAGACUCCAUCAGCGCCCAUGUGGACCUGAGCCCUCGCUCACUUCAGCUUGUAAAUGUUCAAUAAUAAAGUUUCUUUCUUUCUUUA